AUGAUAUAUGCUAGUGUAAAUGAAGAAGGGUUAUGGGAAAUAAGGAAAGCAAUAUUACAACAUGAAAAUCAUAAUCCUACACCUAGCAAGGUUAGAAACAUAAGCAAAUUUCGACAAGAAGAAGUUAGUUGUGCUGUGCGGAGGAAGUUGUUUAAUGAUAAAGCUGCUGGAGUGAGGAUAUCUCAGAUACACAAAUCCAUUGCUACGGAUAGGAAUGGACUCGAGAAUAUGCCAAUAACUGAGAGGGACUUGCGUAACAUAGUAGCAAAGGAACGUAGAUUGAAAUUUAAGGACGGAGAUGCUAAUUCCAUGUUGAGUUAUUUUGACCGAAUGACUGAUGAUAACCAACAAUUCUUUCACAUGCAUCGUUUGGAUGAUGAAGGUCACAUGAAAGAUGUAUUAUGGGUUGAUGCGAGAAGUCGUGCAGCGUAUGAGUAUUUUGGGGACGUUGUAUGUUUUGACGCUACUUACCUUACUAAUGAUUAUGCACUUCCUUUUGCUAAUUUUGUGGGAGUAAAUCACCAUGGUCAAAGUAUAUUACUAGGAUGUGCUGUAAUAUCUCACGAGGAUGCUGAAAGUUAUACUUGGGUUUUUAGUACUUGGGUGAAGUGUAUGGGGGGUAAAGCGCCUAAUUGUUUUCUUACUGAUCAAGAUGCUGCGAUGAGGAAGGCGUUGGUGAAUGCUAUGCCCGGGACUUGGCACCGUUGGUGUUUAUGGCACAUUCUUAUGAAGUUUGGUAAGAAGCUGGGUAAGUACGCGCUUUAUAAGGAGUUCAAAAGGGUACUUCUUGAUGCUAUAUAUGACAGUGUGUCAGGUGAAGAAUUUGAAGUUCAAUGGUGUGAUGCAAUAUCAAAAUACGGACUCGGGGAAGAUAAGUGGCUUGAAGGUUUGUAUAAGGAGAGGAUGAUGUGGGCUCCGGCAUAUAUGAAGCACAUAUUUUGGGCUGGUAUGAAGACGACGCAACGUUCAGAAAGUAUUAAUAGUUUUUUUGACGGUUAUGUGCAUAAGAAUAUGAAACUGUGUGAUUUUGCCGAACAAUACUGCAAUGCUAUGGAGAGUAGGGCAAAUUCGGAGAAAGUAGCAGACGCAAAUAGUAGUAGGUAUGUAAGACAACUUGCUACUGAUUGUAAAGCGGAGGUUGUGUUCCAAAAACUAUACACAGAUGGUAAGUUUAAGGAAGUGCAAGCGGAGUGUCUCAAAAUGUUGUAUGUCCAUUGGAGAGGGGUUCAAAAAUUAACACACAAUAUAGAGGAGCACACAUUUGCAGAUAGAAUAUGGGUUAUAUGCAAGGAUACUAAGAAGGAGGUACCUACGAAUAAGAGAAGGAACUAUCGGGUGAAAAUAGACUUAGGUACAUUCUUGGCAUGUUGUGAAUGUAAGAUGUUUGAGUAUCAUGGUAUUUUGUGUAGGCACAUCAUUAAUUUGUAUGAUGUUUUGAACAUAAAAGAAAUUCCUUCACAAUACAUCCUUGAUCGGUGGAGAAAGGAUGUCAUUCGAAAACAUACGAUGAUAAAAGUGGCGUAUCAUGAUCCCUCCAAAACUGAAGAGGUCAUGUGUUAUGAUAAAAUGAUGGUCCUAUUCGACCCAAUUUGCUUGAAGGCGGCUUAUUGUGAUGAAGUUGAUCUAGUAGUCGAAGCACUUAAGUUGCUUGAUGAUCGCAUAAAUGAGAGGAAGGCAUUGAAGUUGACUAGUAAUGGACCCAAAGAAGGCACUCCUUCAUCUGUGGGUAAUAAUACAAUUAGACAGGAUGUUACUCCUGGUUCGGUAAACAUGCAGGAGGGCGUGAAGGACCCCCCUCGGAAGACACGUAAAGGAUCGCGCUCAGUUCGAUUCCCUUCAUGCAUCGAGAAGGGGCAAGGAUCCAAAAAACAGAAGAAAGGGAACAAAGAUGGCAAGGUUAAUGAUGAUGAAGCCUGCAAUUCAGAGAGCGAUGACGAUGAAGGUCAUGAAUUAGGGGGACAGGUUAAUAUAUGGUCAGGGUCGAGUUAA